UCCACCAGCUUUUCCUUGUAAACCCUGUGGUCUAUUGCCAUAUAGGAGGUAGUUAUAGAGAAAGUUGUGAAAUAGAAUGCCUGGCCUCAGUGGCUUACACAUUCAUUAAAAGAGGUGAGUCAGGCACAUAAAAAUGUAAAACAAACAUGCAGAACCUUACUCCCUGAGUCACAAACAAAAGGAAAAGCAGAGUCCUGGUUGAGUAUACGGUGUGAGGGACUGGAGUCUAUGUGUAAACAAAGAUCAAAAAUAAACAGAAAACCUUCAAAUAUACAUGUGAAAUUGAAAGAAAGAAUAAUGUUUGGAAAUAGGGAAAACUUCCAAAGAAGUGAAGUGGUUUGCGGAAGUCCUCAAUUAAAAGAAGGAGGAGAUUAGAUUUGGUUCUAAAUUUAACUGAAUUAAAGGUCUCAGUUGUGUUCUUCCCUCUUAUACUGGAAGAUUAAUAAAAAAUGUAUGGGUCUUGUAGGAAUGAUUUUAAUGCAAAUCUAGAAUUAUAAAUCAGUUGUAUACUCAUUUUAUUGAUUGAAUUGAUUUUCUCUGCAGGUGAGUUAAUUGCUCCUGGUUUCACAUCAGAUUGCCCUGGAUCACAGAAUUUAAGUGUCAGAAAGAAACAGAAAUUAUAAAGGCCAAUGCCCAUGUCACAAUUCAGUUAUCAAAAAGGAAAAUGCAGCCAAGAAGAGCAAAUCCACAGAUAGACAACAAAUUAAAAGUAACGGAAACCAAUAUCAGUACAAUGAUGGAAUUUGUUCUCUUAGGAUUUUCUGAUGUUCCCAAAUUCCACUGGUUUCUUUUUGGAGCUUUCUUAGUGAUUUAUAUGAUUAUUCUGAUGGGCAAUGGUAUCAUCAUUCUAAUAACAAGAGUAGACCCCACACUUCAGACCCCCAUGUAUUUUUUUCUCAGCAAUUUUUCCUUCCUAGAAAUCUGUUAUGUGUCUGUUACUCUUCCUAGAAUGCUCAUGGAUCUUUGGACCCAGAAAGGAAACAUUUCUUUUUUUGCUUGUGCUACACAAAUGUGCUUUGUCCUUAUGCUUGGAGCCACAGAGUGCCUUCUCCUGGCGGUGAUGGCCUAUGACCGUUACGUGGCCAUUUGUCACCCUCUGCACUAUCCUGUAGUCAUGAAUCAAAAAAUGUGUGUCCAGCUAGUGGCUGGCUCCUGGAUCAGUGGGAUUCCUGUUGAGAUAGGGCAUACAGGCCAGAUAUUCUCUCUGCCCUUUUGUGGUUCUAACCAAAUCAAUCACUUCUUCUGUGACAUUCCCCCAGUCCUCAAGCUGGCCUGUGGUGACAUCUUUGUCAAUGAGAUGGUGGUCUAUAUAUUCGCUGUAGUAUUAGUCACUGUUCCUUUUGUGUUGAUACUUGGGUCCUAUACCAGGAUUAUAUCAACCAUCCUCAAGUUGCCAUCAAACACAGGACGGACCAAAGCCUUUUCCACCUGUUCUUCCUACCUCAUAGUUGUAGUUUUAUUCUAUGGAUCAGCUACUAUUACCUAUUUAAAACCUAAAUCCAACCAAUAUGAAGAAACAGACAAACUUCUCUCUCUUUUCUACACCAUUUUGACCCCAUUGUUUAACCCUAUGAUAUACAGUCUGAGGAACAAAGAUGUUACCGAAGCAUUGAGAAAAUUUCUUCUCAAAUCAUUAGCGUUAUGACACACUUGAACUAACAGAACUUUUACAAUCCAAGAAUAAAAUCAGCAACUCAAAAAACAGUGGGCAAAUCA